UUACAUGCUUUUCUUGUCAGCUUUGUGGAUCCCCUUCUGCAAUUUGAAUUUCAAUUGACACAAGUAGAGUCAUCCUUUAAACUGUUAAUUGCCAUGCCAAGUCUUGAUGAAGUAAAAGAAGUAAAUAACAGCAGUAACAACCAGGAGGAUCUGGAGGUUUUAUACCAAAACGUUUUAAACGUAUUUGAGGACACUCUACUGAUUUUGGUGUCUAAAGACUUCUAUAAACUACAAAUCUUAAAGGACAUGGCCGUGUGGAUGAGUAAAGACAGUUCAUACCUACAGGAAAGAGUCAUGGUGAUCAUAAGCAGAGUGCUAAGCUUUGCAUCGCGGAAAGUCAAGUCAUAUACAAGUGUGGAUGCUCCAUGUUUGGGUGACCUGGCAGCAGAGCUGUCUCUUUUGUGUUCUCAUUCUGAUCUUGUAAUCACACAACAAGCAUCCUUGGGAAUGUAUCACCUCCUCUGUAUUGCAAAAUGUCAGAAUGCGGAUAUUUUCAAAAAAGAUACAAUGGAUAUGAAGUCUAGAAGUAAUAGCAUCAUGUCUUCUCCCUCUGAAAUGGAUUUCCUUCCCAAGAUCUUACAACGAGAUAAAACUAAAAUUGCUCAGCAUGUAGGACAAAGCUUAAUCCCAUCUUUGCUGACUGACUUUGUGUGGAGUCUCCUGAUGAAACUCUCUGAAACUAAUUAUAAAACUGCAUCCCAGGCAGCAUGCAUGCUGAAAUUGACUCUGGAAUAUCAUGCUGAUAAGGUCACCAUGGUAUCUAAGAUUGUGUCUACUAUUUAUAAGAAAUUGUGUGGAAACUCUACUCACAUUAUGAAUCAUGCUAUGUUGCGAGUCAUCACCUUGCUGACACGUACUUCGCCAAAGAAAGUCAUCUUUCAACUUAUGGACUACCCAGUCCCAGCAGAUAACACUCUGAUACUGAUGUGGCACGCAGCCGGUUCUGAAGCCAGCGUGGCCCCUCACGUGCUGAAGACACUCUUGCUGAUACUGAAAGGAAAGCCUGGGGAGACACACGACAGCUCAACAGGAGGAAGACGUCUCUCUCUGGAUGCUACUAACAUGAUGCCUGUGGCGGCAUCCCAGGCCCUGUGCAUGCUGCUGCCUGUCAGCUCGUACAGGAAAGCAGUGGCCCAGUUCUUCCCUCAGCUCUUGAUGGCCCUCAUCCUCCAAGUCUUUUACAGCAGGGACCUGAGACCGACCGCCAAUGACAGGCCUUUCUUUGCCAGAGAUGCCCUGAGAAUCCUGCUGAAAUGUUCUGGACUGCAAGAGGUGGACACUGCUCUUGAGGAAAACGAUUGCUGGAGCCAGUUUUCCCAAGUGCUGUAUCACCAUCACGGGAUCUACCUUGUUGCCAAAACUCUCAGUGACUAUCACUUUCCACAGUUUCCAGAAACCUUGCAUUAUCUCUACAAGCUCUCGGUGGAAGAUCCUAGAAGGUCAGAAGACACUGUCAUCACAGUAAUAUUCCUCACUGAACUUUUGAAUAACUUCUUCAAGGACCCAUUUCCAGAAGAAUUUUUGAUCCUCUUCAGAAACUGGAUCAAUGACUCAAACCCUUCAGUGAGCAAACUGAGCCUGCAGAAAAUUGCCAGCAUGGCACCAGUUAUUAAUGAGAUAGAAAAUAUCUGCAGCUUAAUAUUGUCCAUCCUGGAUGCCUUCCUUUCCAAAGAGAAGACUGUAGUAAUUCGAGCCUUGAUCACCCUCCGAAAACUUUUAGAAAAACUGGACAAGGUGACUUACUCCUCCCUGUGCACCAGAAUUGCUUCCAGCUACUGUCCUCUGAUGGAUCAUAGUUAUGGAGGCAUUCGGACUAUCGCCAUCCAGCACUUUGGUGAAUUAGUCAAGGACAUGAAUCAGUACAUGUGGAUGCUAACUGAUGUGGUCUUCGAAAGCUUGGUGUCUCUGAUCCUGUAUUUGGAGGACACAGAGUUAAGAGUUUUUAACGCAUGUAAAUUUACAUUAGAAAUCUGUGCUUCACAGUUUAACUGGUCAACAUCUUAUUGGCUCAAAGACAAAAAUUACAGUUUUGAGAUGCUAGUGCUCAACAUCUGUAACAAUCUUUACAUUUCUCACGGGAACUACCUUAGAGAUUUGAUAUCUCAUGCCUUAGGAUAUUUGUGGAGCUCCCGAACAUAUCUGAGAAGAGGAGCAGUUAUUUUAACAGGGUACUUGGUAAAAUUGGGCGGACAUUCACUGCUCAGAGUUGAAACUGAAGUUAUGCUUGAGGCUAUUGACCAAGUGCUGAGAGAUGAAGACGCUUUGAUCAGGGAGUUGGCCAAAAUAACCCACAAGAUUUUUAAGGAAAUAGCCCAUGGAUCGACCUCCUCAGCUGUUAAACAAGCCUUCCGGAGAUUGUUUAACUUCUUCUACUGCAAAAAAUUGAAGCUAAUGUAUCAUUAUGAUGAGACCUAUGCCCAGAUAGCCAGACUUAAGGAAGCUAAAGAUGCAAUGAGUGAUAAGGAAGGCCUCACUGAAGAGAAUUAUGAAGACUUUUUGUAG